AUGAUUAUGCUGUCUGACCUUUACCGAGCUAAGAAGAUACGGUGCGGGAGAGAAAGCCUUCUUACGCGAAUUGCUCCCGUCUUAGCUAGGUUUAUGAGUGGUCUAGCCAGGGAGAAAGGUGCAACCAAACGGCCCUACUUCGUCUAUGUUGAACAAUCAGAAAACACGGAAAGGGCCUGGAAGUGUGGCAUUACCUACUUUAUUUGGCAGCGAUAUGAGACAAUUCAGCCACACAAGGCCUUCUGGCUUGCAAUCACGAGACGUGGGAUUACCAGGCCCCAGGGGACUUUCCUUACGAUACCUAGUCAAGGGUUGGGUGAAAAGUUAUUCGGUCCCACGUCAUUGGAGUCGUUGAUGCUCAACUUCAAGGACAUGCUUGCUGAUGUUCUUGAUUCUGAGGCGCCGUUAUUGAAGGAAUGCACUCAGUCAGCCCUGCGCGAUGUUGGUCUUCCGAUGAGCCAGCGAGAAGAACUUCCCGCGGACGAGUCGUUGCCCACGGCACGUCCGAACUUGUCCAUCGACUCCGACAUCACGGCAGGUUUCCUCAUGAACGCGAAGCGGGCCAUCAAGCACGUUGAGCUAUUACUCUCCCCUUGCCAUGUCAAUGACCAGGCGCUUUUGUCCUUGAUGAUGAAUGCACGACGGCCUAUCUGUGCCAGGACAGAGUUGGCUGUCAUUUGA